AGUAUAUCAAGACAAAUGUGAGUCAUUUGGAAACCAGUUGAUUCGAAACUCCCAACAACCAUCCAAAAUGCGGAAUUUAAGAAGUCCGAAUUCAGCCUAUCGUAUACUGAGUUGGCUUUUACUGCUAGUUUUCAUCACAUACAUCAUUGUCUCUAUCCGACUGUCGAUGGUGGAAUAUUCAUGUCAGACUUCUUGUCCAACUUUUCAAACACAACCUUACGAUCUCGAUAAUAAGCAACUCCCGAGGUCAUCUCAAACACCAGACGUAAAACAAGACUUUAAAGAAGAUAUCCGUGAGGAUGUAAUAGAAAAUGAAGAAUUUGCUCAACCGCCAGGAGAGGAGUUUGCGAGGGGAGAAAGCCCUCACGAAAAACGUCUGCUCCCAGAUUUGGCGCCAAACACUGUCCAUUACAUAUGGUGCGGCCUCCGUUGGUUUGAAUACUCCCAUUACUUGAGUGUCAAAAGUGUUAUAAAAUAUAUCCAACCAGACAGAAUUAUGUUCCACAUAGAACAUUGGCCUAGAAUGGACCGUAAACGAUACAACCAAUGGUUUGACGAAAUCAGAGAGACAUUUCCUUUCUUUACAGUAAUACGAGAAGCAAGUGAUGGAAGCGUCUGUGCGCCUGAUAACAAAGUUAAGUUCAUGCUCCAAACUCUGAACAAUGGGGGCAUUGUUGUAGGUGAUGACACUGUAUUUGUAGAUUUCCCACUGAAAUUUCGUAAAUUCAAAGUCAUCAAUGCUUUAAAUAAAACUGGGAGUGGCUACGCACUUGCACAACGUAAUAUAAUGACAACCAUGAUUGACUUGACUCUCAAUAGCAAGCCACUAACUGGAGAUAUUUCAUUAGAAACACUAGGUGCACCAUCUGAAGAUCCUUCGGGAAUUGCAGUAUCUCGUUGCACAACAAGAGACGAAUAUACGUCCAGCAAUAACCCAAACAUUCAUUGUAUUAACCUGAAUGGAGAGUCUUGGAACCCAAGGGACAUCUGGGCGAGAGAUGACAAAAUCGGAAGGCUUUUUCGCACCAUCUACUACGGUAAACCAAAUAUACCAAAGCCUAAUAAAUCUUACGACAAUCUUGUUCCUAACAUCGCCCAUCUAGUCUGGUUGGAGGGAGGACGAAUGGACUUUUUGUUCUACUUAGGAGUACUGAGUCUCCUCUACGUUGUUGAAGUAGACUACGUGUAUAUUCAUGGAAAUCAUGAGCCAACUGGUGCCUACUGGCAAAAGAUAAAAGACCAUGAAAGAUUAAAGUUCAUCUACCGUGAGAGGCCUAAUACAAUUUAUAAGAAUGAUGUUAAUGAAUUAUCUCAUGUCACAGACCUUUUUAGAGUCGACAUUAUGAUUAAGUAUGGAGGCAUAUACGUCGAUACAGACACGUGUUUUGUUCGACCAUUAGACCGUGAAAUCAGAUCAUAUGACGCAGUGGCGUCCUAUGAUUGGAUAGACUGGGAUCUUCCCUAUCCAGACACGAUUAACUUUGGUGUGACGCUUGGAAAACGUAAUGCUAAAUACUGGCAUCUAUUUCAAGAGUCAAUGAAAGACUACGUUGAUAAGGAAUGGAGCUACAAUGCCCUGAGAUUACCGUAUAAGGUUCAAGAAAGACACCCUGAGCUUAUCAACCUUGACCCACAUUUACAAGUCAUUUGCUUUCAAUUUAAGUGUCACCCCACUUGGUAUCCGAACUAUCACAAUGCAAGUAUACAUCAUGAAAAUACUAAUUCCAUAAAAAAUUGGAGAAAUGACACAUAUGCCUUCCACUGGACACUACCUACUCCUCCAGAACUGAGAAGUAUGGAGGCCGCUGUCCAAUCAAAAACUAUAUUUGCAGAAAUUGCUCAGUUUGUUUUAAAAAAGGCUGGACUCCUCAAAUAAUCUCAAAACAAAACUAUAUUAAUUCUUUAAACAUUACUACCGCUUUUGAGGAGUUAACUUAUAAUGAAUACCAGUUAGGGGUCUAUUUCUCUAAAAUUAGUAAAGUUACUAAAUAGUAACUUUACUAAUUUAGUAAGUUUCAAAAAGUUCCUAAAAAGUUACGAAAUCGCAAAUUGUAUUUCUCGAAAGUUUGUAACUUUUAGUUAGUUUUUGAGACUUACGAAAUAAGUAAGUUUCAAUAAACUAUGUGACGUCAUUGUUUUAGUUCUCAUAUUCCAUUGUCAGGUCUGACGUUUAUUGUGUGGCAACCCAGGGUGUUGGGUAGCGUGGUUCUUGGGUACCCAGCUAUCAAUUUGGAUUUUUAAAUUGUCUAGCUUAAUGACACAGAUUGUAAAUAUAUGGGAAUGGGGGUCUUUCUAAACACUGAUCUAUAUCCACAUUCACGGUACACAAUCAUCUAACACAACAGAGAAUGUAAUGGGAAAUUAUAUAAAAUGAAUAUAAUUCAACUCUAUUUCAAGAUAUAUACAUGUGCUUGAUUAAACAAUUCUACACAGAUUUACUCUACGUUAUGCAAU